AUGGGCUACGUUACGCGAUUAUGCGGAGGUACUCUCGAUUUCUUUCGAAUCGCGCAGAAGGAUGUGGCAAGGAACAAACAAUUGAUGUACGGUCUAGCGGCCAAAGGUCACAACGUAACGGCGUUAACAAUAGACGUAGAUAAGAAUGCUCCGAAAAAUGUUCACUUUAUACAAUUGAAAGGAAUACACGACACUAACAGGAAUGAUUGGAUGAACGAAGGGAAACGAUUGAGUCCAUUCCAAACGUUGUACAAUGAAGCAAAACUCUCGGUUAAGUCAUGCGAAAUGAUUUAUGAAACGAACGGAUUUGCAAGGCUUUUAAACUACCCAGACGAUUUUAGGUUUGAUUUGAUCAUCAAUACCAAUACAGUUGGACCCUGUGUUGCCGCAGUUGCACAGCAUAAAUUCAAACUCUCUCCUCUGAUGACGGUUACAGCUUCCAGUUCGCUGACGAGCACAUCAUUCAGUACCAUUCCUAACCAACAUUUUGACUCAACCGAAGAUAUGUGUUUUCUGAAACGUGCCAAGAAUUUCCUUUACAAUACAUGGGAAUAUUUCCUUGAGCAGUGGUAUGUGCUGCCAGCAAUGGAUAAACUAGCACGAAAAAUCUUUCCAGAUAUUCAAAGUGUUGGAGAAUUAUCUCAGUUGGUUCGAAUUCGUUUGAUCAAUGCCAACGCAGCAAUUCAGUACCCCGAAGCGGCUUCUCCGGAUGUUAUUCCGGUGGGAGGUUUACACAUUCAAAAGUCAGAAUCACUUUCGAAAGAGCUUCAAAAGGUUUUGGAUGAUGCACCGAAUGGUGUGAUAUUUUGUUCACUAGGUUCUGACGUUAACAGCGAAACGCUCAGUGAUGUCCAAGUGAAUGCAGUUCUGAAUGCAAUUAAGCAACUUUCGCAAUAUCACUUUUUGUGGCAAUUCGAGCUCAAAACGCUCCCCGAUGACGUGCCAAAGAAUGUUCGCAUUCAGCCACGAUUUCCCCAAAAUGAUCUUCUCGCGCAUCCCCAUAUGAAGCUUUUCAUAGCUGAAAGCAGUGUUUUGAACAGUCAGGACGCUAUCUGGUAUGGAGUUCCAAUGAUUGGAAUCCCAUUGGCAGUCACUCAGUACAGGAACAUUAACUAUGGGGUGAAGCAAGGAGUAGCAAAGCGGCUGUCAUUUGCUGACAUUGAGGCUGGUCUUUUGAAAUCAGCUAUAGAGGAAGUGAUGACCAACGUGUCCUUCCUCGAAAAUACGCAACUGAUGUCGAAGACAUUCCACGAUCAACCGGACAAUCCACUGGACCGGGCGAUCUGGUGGAUUGAAUGGGUUGUGCGGAAUCCGCACGUUGAUCGGUACUGGCGAUCGACCGGUAGUGCUGCAAUGUGCUGGAUUACCAGGAAUGGCUACGAUGUGCUGCUUGUGGUAUUCGCAACGAUUGCUAUUUCGAUGCAUAUCCUUACAGGCCUUAUCUACAGAGUAUUUUUCAAAAAGCAGUCGAAAAAAGUGAAAACAAAGCGGGAGUAA